AGAUCACGGAUACAGGCUCCAUGGAAGAUGCUGGGUCAAAGAGGUCGAUGGCGAGAGCUCAACCGCUCAAGACGUGAAGCACGUUCGUUCCUCGGCCCAGCAAUUGCACACAACCCAGACAAACGUUCACUCUUACACUCACCAUGAUCCAGUGAUAUCAUGCUCCAAUCACCUCUCAGGGCGAGUGUCGGCCUUGGCCCCGGAAGCUAUCGACAAGCAGGCGUAUCAUCCACCGGCCACAGCGCACCGCGCGCACCACUUCUCUCCACCCUACCCAGUUGGGUCUUUGCCGAAGUGCAUCUUGCUUCAUUUCCGAAAAAAAGAAGCAUAGGGUCUGGAAUUCGCUCCCUGAAGACGCAAUCCCAGCUACUUUCUGCUCUCCAACGUGCAGUCGGUAUAUAAAGCUGCCUGGGCUUUCUACAAACCAUUCAUCUCUCUGCUUCGGCUUCCAUAAUCUCUUUUUUCUCAAAAGUCGAUCAUGGUGUCUGCGUUCUCCAUAGGCAAGCUCGGGCUGCUUUUACCUCUUCUGGCAGCCGCCUCCCCCAUCCAACUUCCUGCCCAGGGUGUCGACGCCCGCCAUGGCAUUGAUGACCGGGUGCUUGAUGGACGAGGCAGCUUCGAGCACGUCGAUCUCCACUCCAGUACCAAUCCGAAGGGGAAAAUACAUGCUUCAGCAACCCUUUCCCACUCCACCAUCACUACCAACACUCCUAUCCCCUCUAGCAAGCCUACCAACCCCACCACGAUCGUCUCUAAGCGCGACUCAGCAUACCAAACCAACGUCACCUUCGCUGGCAAGACGUACGUCAACAAGGGCCUCGUCGGUUUUGGCGCUCUUGCUGGCGAUGCUGUCGACUCAUUUGGGGAGACUAUCGGUGGGAUCGGGUCUGCCAUUGCACUGCAGUCUUUUGAGAAGGGUGACGACGGGGCGUAUACUGGCGUGAUCAUCGUCCAGCCUGAUAGGGGCCACAACACCAACACCACUACCGACUUCAUCAGUCGUCGACACUACCUCUCCUUCACGCUCAACCCCUACUACAACUCCACCCAGCUCUCCUACCAGAGCGCCAAAUCUACCUUCGAUCUUAAAUACAACAGCACUGUGCGUUAUUUCGAGUCGGACGGUACGCCCACGACGGGGCUGGACGCUACUGGUAUCCGAAACGGCUCCAUCCCCGAGCCAAUCGCCAAUGCGACAUACAACCACAUCUCGUCCGACCCCGAGGGGCUUGUGCUCAACUCGGACGGCUCGUUCUGGGUCAGCGACGAGUACGGGCCCUACAUCUGGAAGUACUCUGCCAACGGCAUUCUUCUCGACACCAUCAUCCCCCCCAAGGCCGUCUUGCCUUACAAGAACGGUUCCCUCUUCUUCUCCGCCGAGACAGAGAACCCCGAUACCGGACGAUCGCCUAACCAGGGCUUUGAGGGCCUCACCGCCUCUUCCGAUGGCAAGACCCUCUACGCGCUCUUGCAGACUGGUACCGUUCAAGACCUUGACGCCGACGACUAUGGUCGUUACACCCGUCUUUACGUCUACGACGUCUCCGGCACUCCUAUCCUGACCAACGCCUAUGUCCUUACGCUUCCCGUGACCAACGGGAAGGGCAAGCCCCUUGCUCAGUCCGACUUUAUCUGGAUUGCGGAUGGUACUUUCAUCUUGCUUUCUCGGGACGGGAAGGGAAAUGGGGAUGAUGAUGCCAAGUCGAAGCAUAAGGACUUUUUGUUGUUCAACCUCGAUGGCGCUACGGAUAUCGCUGGGACGGAGUAUACGGAUGGGGUUGUGCCUAUCGCGCCGGGGGGUGUGCUCGUUUCCAACAUUACGUCCAUCGAGCCUACCGAGUUCAUCGACAUUAUCGACGAUAACCAGCUCGAGAGGUUCGGUCUGCACAACGAUGGCGACUUUGACGUCAGUCUGAUCAACAGCAAGUGGGAGUCUAGCGCUCUCGCUUCGGUCAACGAUCCUGCAUACCCCGACGACUAUUUCCUCUUCUCCUUCUCCGACAACGACUUUAUCACUACAAACGGGUCUGAGGCGGGAGAGGCGUAUGUGGAUGGGUAUGGGUCUACGCUCGACAAUCAGGCGUUGGUCUGGCGAGUGACAUUGCCGAAAUGAGAGGGGCGGCAUAACUGCCCAAAGAGGAAGAAUACGACAAAAGACCAGGUAGCAGCCAGAGUAUGCUGCAUAGACGUAUAAACGGUAUAAUCAACUUUGUUUCCUCGAUUUGCUAUGUAUGAGUUAAUUUUACGUUUGGCCUGCUAUAUCAUUACAAG